GAGUCGCCGUGGAGGAUCGAUCGUGUGCGGGUCGCUAUUGUGGCAGACCAGAGUCGAUUGGGAGACGAGCGACAGUGCAGUGGUGGGCUCUGAUGUGUCGGGGCUGACCCAGGGUCAGUGCAGUGCUCUGGAGGACAGGUCGCAGGCUCGGUGAGACGGCGUGGCUCGAGACAACGAACCACUGUGGUGUGGGGGCUCCAGACUGCCGGGAUGCACUGGAAGAGAGGACUGCCGCCGGGCUCCGUUCAGGUGCUGGUCUGGAUGUGCUUCGUGGACGCGCAGGCGACGCUGAUGUUUUCCCUGCCGGACAGCUGGGCUGCCAGCCAAUGGGGCUGCACGCUGGCGGUGGUGAACGGUUCCUCAGUGCCGGAGGGCCGGGAUCAGGUCUCUAGUCGCGGCUACCCAGUGCCGUUCCCGGACCGCGCUCUGUGCGAACGGCAUGUGCUGGUGGCACCGCCGAACCACCUUGUGAAGCUGACCGUCACAGAUCUGGACCUGGAGCCGUCACAGUCCGGGCCCGGGUCAAUGGGCUGUCUCUCGCUGUUCCUCCACUGGCCCGAUGGCGGCGGCCAUUUUCCACCAGUGACGUCAUACCGUCGGUCCGGUGACGUCACUGUGUGCCACAACAGCAGCGCUGGCCGCUCGUGGUUCAGCGCCUCUCGCCGCCUGGCGCUGGAGUUUGUCUCCGAGAGAAACCCAGAGAAACACCGCGGAUUUUCCGCCGAGUUCAAGUUUGUUGACCGUGAUCAGUUUGUGACCCGGGGUCAGAGCCUGUCCGGGGACGGCUGUCACCUGCUCUUACUCAGCGAGGACCGCCAGUCGGGCUCCAUCUUCUCCGAGGGUUUCCCGGCGCUCUCUCCACACCAGAACUGCUCCUACACUCUGUACGGCUCCCGGCAACAGCGAGUGACGCUCACGGCAGUACGGGUGGCGCUGCAGCCGGCCGAUAGCAGCUGCGCCUCAGGAGACCGUCUGGUCGUACACGACGGGACCACCGACCGGGCCCAGGUGAUCGCCGAAAUCUGCCGCUCGGGUCGUGUCGUACAGGUCACCUCCUCGGGACCGUACCUGCACGUGACCAGUCACGUGACCGCACCACCGGACGGUGGCGGCGGUCACGUGCGACGUCCGGUUGCCGGGUUCCAGCUGGAGUACCGGUUUGAGGAGGACCCGGGACGACGGGACCUGCCGUCGGACCUGAUACCAUCAAACUUUCACAAGUAUUUGGAAGACUUGGACGUCAUGGGAAUGAUAAUUGGGGACACCAUCAACAGAACAUCGGUGUAUCUCCCGUCGGAAACGCGCUGCGAGCUCAGCUGCCACCAGACGGUGCUGUCUGGAGACAAGAGGUCCGGCGAGGUGUCCAGUCCCGGCCACCCGCUGACCUACCCGGCUAACAUCCUCUGCAGGUAUGAAUUCCAGGGAAACGGUAACGAUAGAGUUAUCCUUCAUUUCGAGCACUUCGACCUGAGGAAAAACACAACGCUCAAAACGUGUCGCGGUGCCGACUCGGUGACUGUUCUCGGUCUGUCGGCCGGCCGACUCCGGCUGCUCCGCCGGCUCUGCGGCUCCGGCCAGCCAGCCCGAGUCAUGUCCCCCGACCACCGGCUGCUUCUGCUGUUCGCCACGGGCGGCGCCACCGGCGCGGGGCCGACCGGCUUCAGAGCCACCUACCGGUUUGUCAGAGAUUACGGGCUAACAACCGGCGUCCAGCUGCCGACCAGCUCUUGUGCCUUCGAGUUCCGGAGCAGCGUGCUGAGGGAGGGAACCUUUCGGACGCCAAACGCGCCAGGCUACUACCCCGGUAACACGGACUGCCACUUUUACUUCAUCGGAGGCGCCAACGAGACCGUUCUGGUGCAGUUCGGCUACUUCGAUGUGGAGGGCAUCUACCCGUGCCGGCUGGGCUCUUCCUCUGACUAUCUGGAGGUUGAGUCCAACUAUCGGGCCAACUUGGACGGUCUGGAUUACCACGGCACUGGGCACGGGCCGCCGGAGCGGUACUGUGGGGACACGGCGCCACCCAACCCGCUCAUCACUGACACCGGCCGCCUCAGACUGACGUUCCACUCGAACGGCCAGUUCGAGGCCACGGGGUUCGAGGCCCGGUACCGGUUCAUCUCCCGAGCGGAAGAGGUGAACGUGACUCCUGCUGCCUCCACGGGAGCUGCCGAGCUCCGCCUGCCGCCGACGGGGCUCCUGCUGCUGAGCGGGUGUCUGCUGAGACUGGGCGGAGCGCCUGGUCCGGGCUGAGCGGGUGUCUUGCUGAGGAGCGGCGGUCGGUGGGACAGCGACCGUGAUCACGGCUCACCAAGUCUAAGACCCCACGGAAUUCUGCGACCAAUGAAUCGUCACUAGGGAGGGACCAUUGGAUGGAGGAGCGAGCGCCUGUCCCAGGCGUCAUGUGUGUUGCGAGACUCGUUUUAUUUUUUCGUCUGUAAAUCUUGCAUUGUAUCAUCAGCAGACUACCGCACUUCUGCUUGGAGUCGUUUGGAGACUGGAUGGGUUUGUGAUAGUGUGGUGUUUUAGAGAUAUUUUCUGGCUUGCGUGUGCACUGGGUGUUAUCGUUCGUGUCUUUAGUUCGUGUCGUAAUAAUAGAGCUCAGGACUACGAACGAGCUAGUCAGGUAUAAGCCAACAUCAUAUCAAAUGCUUUAGAAGCUAGUCAAUAUCGCGAGUGCAUUAUCGUAUUUUGACGUUUGCCUGUGAUGAGGUAUGGAUUCCUUCAAUACAGCAAUCAAGUGUUUUAUCA